AGAGCCGCGGCUCGUUAGUGAGUUCUCGGCAAGUUCUGCCGAGCUCCGACCCGGCCUAACCCGGCCCUGCCCGACCGCACCCGAGCUCGGCGUUUGCUCGGCCAGCCAUGGGAGCCCCGAGCCGCAGCGUCCUGGCGCUCCUGCUCCUGCUGCAGGCCUCACCGCGGCUCUGCCAGGAGCCGGAGCCGUGCCGUCCCGGCUUCAGUGCCGAGAACUACACGUUUGUGGUGCCGGGGAGGCACCUGGAGAGGGACCGCGUCCUGGGCAAAGUGAUAUUCGAAGGAUGCACUGGUCGGCCGAGGACAGCCUACUUUUCUGAAGACUCCCGAUUCAAAGUAGCUACAGACGGUGUCGUCAUGGUCAAGCGGCCUCUAAUGCUUCAUAAACCGGGGACCAGUUUUCUUGUCCAUGCCUGGGACGCUACUCACAGGAUGCUUUCCACCAAGGUGACGCUGGUGUCCAUGGGGCACCACCAGCACCAGCACCAGCACCACCAUCACGACCCUUUCUCUGGACCCCAGCCAGAAAUGCUCGUGUUUCCCAAGUCUCACCAGGGUCCCAGAAGACAGAAACGAGACUGGGUCAUCCCUCCCAUCAGUUGCCCAGAGAAUGAAAAGGGCCCGUUCCCUAAAGAUCUGGUUCAGAUAAAAUCCAACAGGGACAAAGAAACGAAGGUUUUCUACAGCAUCACAGGCCAAGGAGCGGACAGACCCCCUGUGGGUGUGUUUAUCAUUGAGAGAGAAACAGGCUGGCUGAAAGUGACACAGCCUCUGGAUAGAGAAGAUAUUCCCAAGUACAUCCUCUAUUCUCAUGCUGUGUCAUCAAAUGGGCAAGCAGUGGAGGAUCCCAUGGAGAUUGUGAUCACAGUGACAGAUCAGAAUGACAACAGGCCGGAGUUCAUCCAGGAGGUCUUUGAGGGAUCUGUUGCCGAAGGUGCUGUUCCAGGAACCUCUGUGAUGCAGGUCUCAGCCACUGACGCGGAUGACGACGUGAACACCUACAAUGCUGCCAUCGCCUACACCAUCCUCAGCCAAGAUCCGGAGCUGCCUCACAAAAACAUGUUCACCGUCAACAGGGACACAGGGGUCAUCAGUGUGCUCACCUCUGGGCUGGACCGAGAGAGUUACCCUACGUAUACUCUGGUGGUUCAAGCUGCUGACCUUCAAGGUGAAGGCUUGAGCACAACAGCAAAAGCUGUGAUCACCGUCCUGGAUAUUAACGACAACGCUCCCAUCUUCAACCCAACCACGUAUGUGGGUCAAGUGCCCGAGAAUGAUGCCAAUGCCUAUAUCACCACACUCAAAGUGACUGACAACGAUGCCCCCCACACUCCAGCAUGGGACGCCGUGUACACCAUAGUCAAUGACCCUGAACAACAGUUUGUUAUCACCACAGACCCCACGACCAACGAUGGCAUUCUGAAAACAGCCAAGGGCUUGGACUUUGAAGCCAAGCAGCAGUACAUUCUACAUGUGACAGUGGUGAACGUGGACCCCUUUGAGGGAUCUCUUGCCCCUUCCACGGCCACGGUCACUGUGGAUGUGAUAGAUAUAAAUGAAGCCCCCAUCUUUGUGCCUCCUGAGAAGGUAGUGGAAGUGCCUGAGGACUUUGGUGUGGGUCUGGAAAUCACAUCUUAUACCGCCCGAGAGCCCGACACGUUCAUGGAGCAGAAGAUUACGUAUCGGAUUUGGAGGGACACUGCCAACUGGCUGGAGAUUAACCCAGAGACUGGUGUCAUUUCCACUCGGGCUGAGAUGGACAGAGAAGACACGGAGCAUGUGAAGAACAGCACGUACACAGCUCUCAUCAUUGCCACCGACGAUGGUUCACCGAUUGCCACCGGCACAGGGACUCUUGUCCUGAUCCUGUCUGACGUCAAUGACAACGCUCCCAUCCCAGAACCUCGAAGCAUGCAGUUCUGCCAGAGGAACCCACAGCCCCAUGUCAUCAACAUCAUCGACCCAGACCUUCCCCCCAACACGUCCCCUUUCACUGCUGAACUCACCCACGGGGCCAGUGUCAACUGGACCAUCGAGUACAACGACCCAGGACAAGAGUCUCUCAUUCUGAAGCCAAAAAAGCCCUUGGGGUUUGGCGAGUACAAGAUCAAUCUCAAGCUCAUGGAUAACCAGAACAAGGACCAGGUGACCACGCUGGACGUCCUCGUGUGCGACUGCGAAGGGGCCGUCCACAACUGCAUGAAGUCGGGAUACGUGGAGGCAGGGUUGCAAGUGCCCGCCAUCCUGGGGAUUCUCGGCGGGAUCCUGGCUCUGCUGAUUCUGGUCCUGCUGCUCCUACUGUUUCUACGGAGGAGAACCGUGGUCAAAGAGCCCCUGCUGCCCCCAGAUGAUGACACCCGGGACAACGUGUAUUACUACGACGAAGAAGGGGGUGGAGAAGAGGACCAGGACUUUGAUUUGAGCCAGCUGCACAGGGGCCUGGAUGCCCGACCUGAAGUAACUCGAAAUGAUGUGGCACCCACCCUCCUGAGCAUGCCCCAGUAUCGCCCUCGUCCUGCCAAUCCGGAUGAAAUCGGGAACUUCAUUGAUGAAAACCUGAAGGCAGCCGACAGUGACCCUACGGCGCCCCCUUACGACUCUCUGUUGGUGUUUGACUAUGAGGGGAGCGGUUCCGAAGCUGCUAGCCUUAGCUCCCUGAACUCCUCCGAGUCGGAUCAGGACCAGGACUACGACUAUCUGAACGAGUGGGGCAACCGCUUCAAGAAGCUGGCUGACAUGUACGGCGGUGGAGAGGACGACUAGGGCUGGAAAGUGGCCUCCAGGCGGAGCCCGAGGAGAUGCAGAAGAAUGUUGCCAGUGGCCUUUCAGCUCCUUCCCUGGGUCUGUAGAAGAGACACUCAUCUGAGAUGCAUGCGGUUUGCGGGCCCCCUCAACUUACCAGCCUUCUGGUGUUGGGAGGGGUUUCACUUAUUCUUGAUUUUUUUUUUAAUACACCCCCCUAUCCUCUACCCCUGCAGCCCUUUCAUGGAUAGCAAUGAAUCUGGGACUCUACAGUGAGCUGGAGCCCCAGUUCAAACUUUAUUACUUUAAAAUGACAGUUCGAGCAUCAGAACUGUCGGCCCGCAGUGGCCGUUUUCCUUCAUGUUUAAGAGGCAGGGGAGGGGAUUUGCCCUACUUCUGUUUUACUGUGUAGAGACAGUGGUUUGUUUUUUUGUUUUUGAGCUACGGAUCUAGGCAAGUGUCCUGCCCCAGACACACGGCCCCCAGUCCUUUGCCCGACACUAUUUUUUAGUUAUGUGCUUUCCCUCAAUUAUCAUGUUUGUGUUCUGUAUUCUAAUAGCCAUGUAUGCUCCUGCAUUCUGUUUUCCUGCCCAGGUGCUAUUUCAUGAUGCAGAAAUGACUGGGUGAGAGACAGGUAUCUUGGUGUGAGCACAAAACUGAACUGGAUAAUGUGCGCUUCAAGAACCUUUCUUGGUUUUCCUUCCUCACCUCCAGAGUACUCACUUGAAAUGGGCAUUCCUUGUUUGGAGUCGCUGUUUUGUGGGUGAAUGCCAUAGUGGGAUAUGUUGCUUUGGCUUUCUACGCAAUUCUGUGACCUGAACAUUCAGGAAGGUUUUCAGGCACCACUUUUUUUUUUCUUAUGUUUCUUUCAUACCAACACACACACACACACACACACACACACACACACACACACACACACA